CGUCUCACUUCCCUCGUCGGUGGCUCGGUGCGGAAAGCAGAGCUUUGCGCUCCACCAGCGACUGGCGAUCUGAUCAGCCGGCGACCACCACGCUGAACACAUCGUCACGGCCAUCGUCGAUGAUAUCAACUCCGCGGGCCCUCUCUCUGGAAAAUCGUUAUCCAUCCACCGGUGUGAGCUUCAAGACCGCACUCAAAUGUCGUCGAUUAGGGCUACGACGUUGGGUCGCCGCCGUCGUCUCUGGAUUUGGAUCAGUAGCACCGCAGCGCUCGACCAUAUUCUGCACUUUUAGAGGGCUGGCUUCACAUUAGGAAGACGAGUUAGGUAGACAUUUGGCGUGUGGCUUCCGCAACGAAAUCCCCGCUUUUGGCGGCGCCGACGACGAUUCCUUCCUUUCCCAAUUAGUUCGAGACAGAGAGUAUAUUCUGGCAACUAAGCCAGAUGCCGUCCGCUCCUCCUCCUCCUCUUCUUCCUCCUCUUCCAUUUGUUUCGGAACUCCAGCUCGUAUUUUACCAGUCUCUUUUUAAAGCUAUUUUAAUCUCUAUGACCUAUGGAAAACCUAAUCCUCUCUCUCUCCAAAACAAUUUUUUUUCCUUGUUCUUCCCCACCUCCGCCUCCGCCUCCUCCUCUCUCUGCGAUUCGCUUUCCUGAUUAGUAGAGAAAGAGAGAGGAGGGAGGGCCGGAGGAAGAAUUGCACGAGAUGCUGGAGAAGGCUGAGAGCGGUGCCUAUUCAUGGUGGUGGGCAAGCAACAUCAGGACGAAGCAAUCAAAAUGGCUCGACAACAACCUCCGAGAGAUGGAGUAUACAGUGACAAAUAUGCUUAAGGUAGUCGAAUCAGACGCUGACUCCUUUGCUAAAAAAGCAGAGUUCUAUUUCAAGAGGAGGCCAGAAUUGAUAGGCUUUGUGGAAGAUGCCCAUAAAGCAUAUAGAGCAUUGGCUGCAAGAUUUGACCAUGUCUCCGGAGAACUACAGAAGGCCAACAUCACAAUAGCAACUCAUUGUCCUGACCAAGUCCAUUAUGCCAUGCUAGAGGAGGAGGAGGAAAAUUUUCCGAAAGCAAUUACCCCAAUCGACCCAAGUAAAGUUAACAGGAGAACGGUUGAUGGUUUGAUGAAGAAGAGAAGAGGAAGUGAAUCGUCUAUAAAGGCAGGUGAGGUGAGGGCCAAAUCUGAGGCUGAUCAAGUAAAAGCUCAAGAGGAAAUAAAUAUGCUUCAUAAAGGAAUACUAUUUCUGCAAGCUGAAAAACAAUUCAUCAAAAGCUCAUAUGAGAAUGGUAUAGUCAAGUAUUGGGACUUUGAGAAGCAAAUCAUGGACAUGUAUGACAAAAUGUGCUGGUGGCGAGAUGAGUUUAGUAGCAGUGAAGUCCUCAAAGAUGUCAAUGAGCCUGUUAUAAUGACAGAAAAAACCAUUAAAUCCUGCGAAGAUGUCAUAUUCAGAUUACAGGAGCAGCGAAAGACAUCAAUGGAACAAGUACAACUAGAAUAUGAAAGAACUAGAAAUGCCAAAGAAAAGCUGGAGGCUCUAAAGAGAGAUUGUGAUCAAUCUGAGAUGGAUAAGGUAGAGAUGGCUAGUGAAACAACAGAGAUAAGCUUCACUGCUGAAAACAUGGCAGAAGAAGCUGAUUCUCUGAACAAAGCAAAGCUAAGCCUGCAAAAUAUACAGGACAAAAUCAAGGAAUUCUUUGAGACAAGCACUGAAAGUUCCACUGCUGAUAUUAUUCGACACAUAGAUAACCUUGUCAACAAAGUUACUGAAUUAGAUCUCACAUUCUCAUCACAGGUUUUACAAAUAAAUCAAUUUGUCUCAGUUAGCUGUGAAUUAGAUAAAAAUGUGAAGAACUUGGAAGAGGAGAAAUUGAUUCUAUCUGAGGACUCACAUGUGUUAGCUGAACGACUCAAGGAAGCCCAAGAUGAAUUGAGCAAAGUUGAAGCAAUUGAGAAAAUUAUCCAGGAUGAAGAAUCUAGUUUCCGUGAGAAGUUAAAUGAAGCUUGUCACAGCGUUAAUGCUAUUUCAGAGAAGAUUCUGCAUCCUACACUCACGGAAAAUGCUUGCGAUGAAGCUUCAUUCCCAGAGGAAGAAGCUUCUAUCAUUGAAUCACAUAAUGAAUGCAAGGAUGUAGAGGUAAUUAAUGCUAUUUCAGAGAAGAUUCUGCCUCCUACACUCAUGGAAAAUGGUUGCGAUGAAGCUUCAUUCCCAGAGGAAGAGGAAGCCUCUUCUUCCUCUUCCUCUUGUAUCAUUGAAUCACAUCGUGAGUGCAAGGUUGUAGAGGUAACUGAAUUCCAUGAUGUCAAGGAAGACUUGGUAGAGAUUGAUGCAACUCAGCCACUUGUUGAAUUUCUUGAAGAUUUUCUGCAGAAUAAGGAAGUUGCUUCACUCAAAAAUGCUUCAGAGGUAGAGAACAAGAAUGAAAAUUACAUCCGAGAGAUGAUGGCUUUGAUAGGGGAACUAGUGAAUGUCAUUGCAUCGAGAGAUGAGGAAAUCCGCUUGCUGAGAGAGCAAUUGGCAUCUCUAAAGACAAGACUUGGUCUUUGUACAGUUGCUUCAUCUGUUGAUUCUUGUCACAGUGAAUUGAUAUCCUCAAACUCUGAGAUGUCUCUAUCUACUCUCGGGAGAGAUUCAUCUGUAAAUGGCAUUAAUGUAGAGUGUAUCUAUGAACAGAAUACAACUCAACCUUCUGAAGAGUCUAGGAAGAAUAUUGAUCAUUUUCUCGGCAAAAACAUAGAAUUUUGGUUGAGAUUCAGCACUACAUACCACUAUGUGGAGAAGCUCAAAGCCAAAUACGCAGAGCUACAAUCUGAUAUCAAUAAACUGGAUGCCAAUAAGACAGAAGGCACUAAUUCUACUGAUACCAACAAUCAGACUAACAAUGCUGAGUCAGAAUCAGUUGCCAAAAGACUGAGUGAAUUGAAGACUGAACUCUUGCUAUGGUCAGAGCAAAGCACGUUGUUGAGAGAGGAACUGGAGAAGCGGUACUUAUCCUUCAACGAUAUGCAAGAGGAGAUAUCUAGUGUUGUGAGCAAAAGUUCAUCAUCUGAGGGAGCAUUGUUUACUCCGUAUGAAGCUGCAAGGUUACAAAGUGAGGUGAUGAGCAUGAAACAUAUGAGCAAUAAGGCUUCAAGCCACCUUCUGUUGGGAUUUAAUCAAAUCAAGGGGGUCCAAUCUGAAAUCGAGAAGCAGUUGGCUAAGCUGUAUGAGAAUUUCCAAAUAUUAAUAUCUAGAGGCAAACAUGAUCCAAAUACGGCAGGAGUACCAUUAAGCGCCUUCCUUUAUGGUUUCAAGGCCAAAAAAACAUCGAUAUUUUCACGCAUUCUUCCAAUUUUUCAGAAACAAAAGACUAAAAUUCACAGUCGGUCUAGGUAGAAUUGCUCUUUUCAACUUGGACAUUGCAGAUACCAUCUCAUGAGGGCUCUCCAGAGGCAGAUUCAUCUCUUGGCUCUUGCAGAAAUGUGAAUCAAGGUUCAGAUUUUGGCUCUCAAAUUCAGAUGAUUAAUGGAUCUUUGGAAGGAAAACUGCUUUUAUCGUUCAAACACUGGUCUUUCUUUCGCUCUUGUACUUAUUCAAGAUUCCAGAAACUGAGAAACAAGUCUCCUUUCCUUCUCUAUCAACAUUAUCCUUCAUGGUACCAGAACAGUACAUUCUGAUGCAUUUAGAUGCUCCCAAAUUCUGAAAGAUUUAUAGUGAUCAAUUUUAUUUAUAUAUAUCAGGAAUAUAAAUCUAGAGAACAAAAUAAUUUUCUAAGUCAGUGGAUCAUCCUCAUGUGUUUGUGCUUAAAAUCCAAGCUACUUCCAUAAGAUUA